ACUAUUUCUACAUUUCUCUGUCAAUUUGUUUUCUCUUUAUCUGGAAAGCAAAAUUAAUUAGCAAAAUCAUUAUUAUUUCUACUUCAAUCCAUUUCAAUUAUCAAUCAUGGGCACCGAAUAUGAUUAUCUCUUCAAGCUUUUGCUCAUCGGAGACUCCUCCGUCGGAAAAUCCUGUCUUCUUCUCCGAUUCGCCGAUGAUUCUUAUGUGGACAGCUAUAUCAGUACCAUUGGUGUUGAUUUUAAAAUCAGAACUGUGGAGCUGGAUGGCAAGACAAUUAAGCUGCAGAUUUGGGAUACUGCUGGACAGGAGCGUUUCCGGACUAUAACAAGCAGUUAUUACCGAGGAGCACAUGGGAUAAUAAUUGUUUAUGAUGUCACCGAAAUGGAGAGCUUCAACAAUGUCAAGCAGUGGCUGAAUGAAAUUGAUAGAUAUGCCAAUGACAGUGUGUGCAAGCUCUUAGUUGGAAACAAAUGUGAUCUGGUUGAGAACAAAGUUGUGGACACACAAACAGCAAAGGCGUUUGCAGAUGAGCUUGGCAUUCCUUUUCUAGAGACAAGUGCUAAAGAUUCAAUCAAUGUGGAGCAGGCUUUCCUAACCAUGGCUGCCGAAAUUAAGAAAAAGAUGGGUAACCUGCCAACUGCAAACAAAUCAACAGGAACAGUUGAGAUGAAGGGGCAACCGAUUCAGCAGAAUAACAAUUGUUGUGGUUAGCCAUUCAUAUGUAAAUUUAAUCCGCCAUCGCAAGACUGUUUAACAAUUCUGUGCUUGACGUUGCCUGUGAAAUUGGAAGUCUUAACGUAGAUUCUGUUAAAUAUUUUGUGCUUUAAGUUGUCUGUGAAAAUGGAAGUCUUAACUUCUAAAGAACGGUCCUUGUCACUUCUCUCUUGUAAAGUAAGGCAUCUUUGACUAA